AUGGUUCACUAUGCUUAUGGCUCCUCCUAUUUCGACACAAAAUCCAAUCAUAAAGAAAACAGGAAUAGUGAAUCAAGGCUUAAGUUCUGUGCCAGCAAAUUUGUGGAUUUCUGCAAGAGAACCGAUCUUCACGGCUUCAAGUAUAUUGUAAUGGAUGAAUUGAACAGGAUUGAGAGAGGCUGUUGGGCGUUUGCUAUAUUUAUAAGCAUCAUAUGCGCCGUAUUUUUCGUCAUGACUGCUUAUAAAUGGUACGCCAGGAACCCAAUUGUUACGGUCAUAGAGAGCACACAAGGUGCAAUCUGGGAUGUGCCGUUUCCAGCUGUGACCAUCUGUGAUUUAAACUUAAUUUCUCGUAGAGCGGCGGACACCUUCGUAAGCAAUCUGUCUCUACCAGCUGAAAUAAACCAAGACAUUGUCUUGAAAGCGUUGAGUUUAGCUCCACUAAUUCAUACCUCCAUCGUUGUUACACGUGAACAGAAAAAAGACCUACUAAUGCUGCAAGACAUUUUGGAUUUAAAUAAAAUUACUAUUGAUUCAUUAUUUCAUCAGUUAUCACCGGCAUCGUCGUGCAACAACUUGCUACACCGCUGCAUGUGGAAGAAUACACUUUAUGGAUGCGAUCAACUAUUCCAACAAAUAUUUACGCCAUUGAGUAUUUGCUGUACCUUCAACUAUUACGCCGUGGACGUAUUAGAAGCCGGUUAUAAAUCUAACCUCAACUACUUGCCGAAUCCACGUCGUGUUGCAUCGUGCGGUUAUGGGACUGCCCUUACAGUAAUGAUUCACAUUGACACCGAGGAUUACUUUAGUACCAGUGUACCAUCUAGUGGCGCAGUGGUACUUAUCGACAACCCAUACAACAUGCCUAACUUGGAUUCACCGAUCUCCCUAGUAAGUCCAUCAACAGAGGUCAUGAUAGGCCUUUCUCCAGAACGCACAUACACCACACCUGGAGUCAAGUCUUUUAGUCCAGGCGAGAGGCAGUGCUACUACUAUGACGAGGUCAAGCUUGGCGAGUUCCGCAACUACUCCUUCCACAAUUGUAUAGUUUUGCAAAAAGUUGACAUAAUUAAAAAGGCUUGUAAUUGUACGCCAUACUUUUUUCGAUUUAAAAACAAAGCGACAAGUGAAGAUUUGGAGUUACGGGAAACAAUUGAAAACCUGUCCUACCAAUGUUUGCCUGAAUGCGAGCAUUUCGAUUAUCCGUUAGAGGUGGCUGUGGGCAAUCUAGCUACGAACUUGCCUUUAAAUGGACUAUCUUUUUUUACUGGGGUCAACUUGGAAAAUCAGUCCGUGCUUAACGUAUUUUUUAACGAUCUAGUAUCGACACGUUAUCGCCGUGAUGUUUACUUCAACUGGCAAAAUUUACUUGCUGCAUUUGGGGGCCUGCUCAGUCUUAUGCUUGGCUUCACGUUGAUAUCCGGCUUCGAUUUCAUGAUUUUCUUUGGAUUCAAAGUAAUCUACGACUUCACAACGAUGGUGUUUAGAGGUGACAAAUAUUUAGAGAAGAAACGUAAGAAAAACAGAGGUUCCAUAUUACUAGUGCAAGAGCAUAAGAAAGCCAUAAAAGAAAAUAUCUCGGUAAAAAAUACUGGCAUGUGGCGUUCAGAAUUAAAUAAACAACAAAAAUACUAA